AUGACUUUACCGUCCAGUCUACAAAGAUUGUUACCACAAAAAUUCUUGGGAUUCAUCCCGUUGUUCAUUGGUGUCGAGAUUGUUUUGGGGGUUACAAUUCUUAAUAAAGCAGGGGGGUUGUAUGGUAUUUUAUCGUUAUUAACAGGCCACCCGAUUGAUUUUUGGCAAUGGCUAUAUAACUCGUUGGCCCUUCUUAUGCUACCAAUAUACGCAACUGCUUUAAUCAAUUUGAGAAACAAAGCACGCAAUUUACGGAAACUAUCCUUGGCUACCGUCGUAUACAUCGUCGAUACCAUUAUAGGUACACUCUACACGGUAUACUUUGUAUUUUUUUGGUUCCAGUCAGAGGAUGGAAGUGAAGCAGAAGUUGGCGGUGACUCAUUGCUCCGAAGAAAAAUGGACGCUAGUGAUGAGGAAGCAAAUUUGUCCUCUCAGUCUGCAUCAGCCGGGAGGGAGUUGUUUUUCAUAUUCGCAACGACAAUUGUAAUGACUAUCAUCAGGAUAUACUUUACAUUAGUCAUUGUAAGCUUUACUAAAGCGUUGUUGAAACAAAAUUCAAUGGAACAGCGGUACCGCGAUCGCUCUAGUUCGACGUCUGUCACUGAUGCUGAAGAAAACGAGAUUUUAAACUCAAAUGGAUUCUAUGGCGAAUUCAAAAAGGCUGUUCUCGACAUGGAGAUCCGAUCAAAAGAGUUUCUUGACGACUUCUUGAAUUAA